AUGCCGCCACGCAACUCAGCUGAUAGUGGUGUAUUACUCGAUGGAGUGCUGAAUAACACUCAAGUUCCCCAUCAAUCAUUAUGUGUGAUCAAUGACGGAACUACCUUUUCAGGAUUACCUAUUUUCAAGGAUAUUCUUAGGAGAGCUAUAAGAAGAGGAGAAGAAGUCACGUUGAUUAGUAUACUCCACUCACCUGAAGAUCUCUUACCAUCAGAUACAAGCUCCAGUUCAAGUGCCAAGAUCAAGGUUAUAGACUUGAGCGGCUCGGUACAAGGCUAUAGUACCGAAGAGGACAUAGGCACUAUGAAAGAUAAAAUACUAUCUACCUAUACGUCAGGACAGAUUUUCAUCGAUGCUUUGGAUAUCUUGGCUGAAGAUUAUUCUUCUUCAGCUGUAUUAUCACUCACAAGAAGCAUAUUGAACGUGAUCAAGAAAUCUAAAGCACCGUCACGAUUGAUCCUUCUACUUCCACCAUCAUCAAUCAUACACUCAGCUUUGAUACCACCUUCAUUCAAUUCAACUAUUACUCUAUUAACACCUCAUCAACCGUCAUUAGUACAACAUCUAUCAAAGUCAUACUUAUCACCAAUAUCAAUUACGCCUUCGCCUAAUUUGUGGAUGAUUUUGGAAAAUGCAACUAAGCGUUCUAUAUCAUCUGAUUUAGCAUAUAAGGGAGAAGAAGGAAUUGAGGCUGAUCCAAAUUGGUUAACAAAUGGUGGUAAUGCUAUAAUACAAGUAUUAGUUAGAAAAGCAACGGGUGGAAUUAAAGGUAUAUCAAGAUCUUUAGAAGCUGCUAAAUGUUCCACUGGUGAUAUUGAUACAAGGUCAGAAUUGGAAGUGAUCGAAUUAGAAGAUAUAAUAAAUUUGAACCCAAUCACCAACCCAACAAACACUAUCUCACCAAUGGAGAAUGGUGAUAACAAACCAAUUCAAAAUCAUUCUGAACUGGAUUUACCAUUCAAUCUAAGUUUGACAGAUGAUCAAAGAAGGAAAAGAGCAGAAGUACCUUUACCUUAUGCCCACGAAGGUGAAGGCGCAAGUGGUGACUUGAUUUGGGAGGAUGAAGAGGAGACCGAUGAUGAGGAGAUUUAG